AUGAGUCUCCCCGAAGGCGUUUCGGAGCUGCUAGCGAGCUUGCCAGAAGAGGAUGCGGACGUGCUUCGCGUAUCCCAGGACAAAGAACAGCUCCUGUCGCUAGCUACCGACAGGAUCGAGCACUACGCAAGCCACAUUCAGACCCUGAACGCACUCAGAAACCUUCUAGCACCCAUUCAUCGCCUCCCUGCCGAGAUCCUCAUGGCGAUCUUCUACCGAUGUCGCCGGACCGUCGCGGAUAUUCGUCUUGCUCACAUCUGCAGGCACUGGCGCUCCCUGAUCCUCGGGAUGCCCCAGUUCUGGGCCGCCAUGCUCGGACAUUUGCAAUUCCACCCACUUGGUGACCCCAAACUCGAUCGCAGAUAUCGCAGGCACUACAAAGGGCUCCUGCAGCAGUGCCUCGAGCUUUCCGCGCCACGUUUGGUCAAAUGCCGUGUCGUGCUGCUCAGCGGUCCAGAGUGUCGCACGCUCGCCCCCCAUCUCGACAGGCUGACUGAGCUCUCGGUGACGUUUUUCUUCGGACACGCAGUGUACGACGUUGCCGCGAUCCUCGUGCGGGGUCUACCCAACCUCGUGACUCUGCGCUUAGAAGAAAACGUUGCGAUUGCAAGCUGGGAGGACCUUCCUUCUCUGGACAGCUGCCCCCUCCCAGUGCUCCGCCGACUGGAUAUUCCGGGCGAUUGGCCGCUGUCUCGCUUUAUCACGAGCUCACUUGAAAACCUCGUAUUACGCCCCGGGGACGCGCGAUAUGACAUCGAUGUUGACGAUGUCAUUGACGCGCUGGAAAGCUCGUCCCUCGUGUCCUUGACGGUGCACUAUGACGGUGCGAUCGAUCUCUGGGACCGCCUUCUCGUCCAGGAGAAGAUUGUACGCCUUCCUCGCUUGCGCAAGCUCUCCCUCAUCGGAGAGCUCGACCUAAUCGAAACAUACAUAUUACCGCGACUGGCCCUGUCUCCCUCCGUCCAUAUUUGCCUCUCUUUCCCUCAAGCGACUGAACGGUGGCUCGCUGCCAGUGACGUCGCUCGCCACGCCACCACUUUGCGCGUGCAUCUGCCUGGCUUAGCAUCAAUCACGCGCCUCUACCUCGGGAACACGCGCUCGCAGGGAGGCCGCGUCAAGCUGCUCGGGUUCGCCGAGCAGGAGGACGGUACAGACGCUGCGCGGCUCGACAUGGGCAAGUGGCACACCCGGCCGUCCGCCGUCCUGGAGAUGCUCGACUUCGUCGCUUCUGCGCCGGUGACGGCCCUCGCGGUCAGCUUGUCCCGUCCGACGCUCGCCGAGCUGCAAUCUCCGGGCUCAAGUGGCCGCACCGCCGUCCUGGCACUACCCCACCAGCUCCGGCGGCUCGAGCUGCUCGUGCGAACCCCGCUGGACACGAAGCUAUGGUUUGCGAGGUCCUUCUUGAACUUGUGCGCGAGCGAGCAGGCAGGGCGGCCCUCCUCGGAAGAGUACGCGCUGUGCUGGGUGCUCCACAUCGAGCGUGGCCGCGAGGCGUUGGUACAGGAGGAACUGCAGGCGUUGGAAGACCUCCUGAUGGAGUCGCCAGGAUACAGGCUGGGGCGCCUGGAGCUCUACGGGACGAUGGCGCAGAGUGGGCAGAUAUAUACGAAGGCUGCGGAGGUGCCCACGAAUCGUGCGCGUUGUGCGGAGCUCGUUGGGCCGUUCACGGCGCGCCUUGGUGCGUUGGUUGGACAACUGGUCAUCAUAUAG